AAAGAUUAUUUGUUACAGAGUAGAUUAUCAUUCACACAAAAAUGUCGUUUACAUUUACUUAAACGGAUUUUGUAUUUGAAGUUAAAUAAAAAAUAAAUAAAAUUAAAUUUCUAUCUAAUUAUGUAUUAUAUUAUAACAACAUUCGUUAUACAGUUAAAAACAAUAUGCACAUGCGCAUAUAUGUAUAUACAGAAUUGAGCCGUUUAGGAACUAUUUUCUUAGAUAGGUCUCUGCGCUGUGUAAACCGUAAAACAUAAUUUAAGGUUAUUAACAAAGUAUCAAGAAAUAAUUGUUAAAAUGUUAUCGCUAAUAAGACGUUACGAAACCCAAAAUAUUAUAACGCCAUUAAAAAUCAUGAAACUUUCGUUAUCAUCUUCUGCGAGCAUCGAUGAUGAUAUAGAAUUUCGGGUAUUGCAAUUAGUGCCAAGUGAAAAGAAAGUUACAAACAAAAGGUUACAAAGAAACACAAUUGUGGAUUUAGUAAUUAAAAGAAGAAGUGAAGUGUCAGCUAAUCAAGAUUGGCAGACAAUUUGGCCUGCUGCACGAACAUUUCAUCCUGAUAUCGUACCAUUUCCUUUACAACAAGGAUAUAAAAAUACAAAAGGUAUACAUCCUAAUAAAUAUGGAAAUGCAGAGUUAUUGAAAAUUCCAAACUUCUUACAUCUUACUCCACCUGUUAUUAAAAAACAUUGCGAAGCAUUAAAAAAAUUUUGUACGAGAUGGCCAGAAGAAUUGGAAACAAAUGAAGCAUGUGUAAAAUACUUUCCUGUUGAAAUAAUUACAUCUGAUUAUUGCUAUUCUUCUCCUACAAUAAGAGAACCUCUUGCUAGAAUAGUUAAUUUGAGAGUAAGACUAUCCUCUUUGCAUUUAAGUACUCAUGCUAAAGAUAAAAUACUUAGGUUACUGGGUGAUAGGUAUAAUCCUAACACAGAUAUGAUAACAAUAACUGCAGACAGAUGUCCAUCUAGAAAACAGAAUUUAGAUUAUGUAAAGUACCUACUAACUGCAUUGUUUCAUGUAUCUUGGCGUUUUGAACCAUGGGAAACAGAAAAAUCUGAAGUAGAUAUGGAAUAUUAUGACUGGGAUAAAAGUAAAAGCAGAAAAUCUUUAACGUCCAUGUAUAGUUGGCCAAACAUGCCAACUGAUUCCAACUAUGAAUACAUCCCACAUGUAACAGAAUAUAAAAUUGCAGUUUCUGAUUUAAUAAAUAAAGGAGAAGAUCAAUUUUCAAUCAAUAAAUACAAACAAGCUGUUAAAAAUGUGUUAAACCUAAAAUCUUAUGAUUUUAAAAAUAAGUAAAGAAUAAGUAAAUAAAAAUAUUGAGUUUGUAAUGUUUAUCAUUCCUAGUUUAACUGUAUUAACUGUUAUAGAACGUUCAUGUGUAAAGAAAAACAUAAAACUGUGAUAAUGUGAUAUAAUGUAAUUGAAAAGGUAAGUUUUUAUACUUUAUUAUAUAAAAAAUUAGAGGAUUAUGGAAGUAGUUGUACAAUAAUUUUUUAUUUCGACAAAAUUGUUUACCACCAGACACGGACUAUGGUAUAUAAAGACAUAUCAUUAAGUGCUAUACCAUAUAUUUGGAAUACAGGUUGCAUUAUGCAAUACAAAAAA